AUGAUGGUAAAGGGCGGUGGUCCUCUUACCAGAGGAACCUUAAAUAUUUGACAAAAGUGAUUCAGUGGAAACAAGGAAGACAUCAGAGUGAUGAUCAUGAUUAUUUUCAUUGUGAAAUGUUAAAAUGGUUUCCGUUAGCUGAAGGCUACAAUAUGAAAUAAAAGUAGCUCGACUGGUCCACUUGUUUUUGGUUAAAGCCUUUUUUUCAACUCGUUGUUUAAUUUUCCUUUCUGGUUUCGUUUCUGGUUUACCCUUUUUAGUUUAUUGGGUUCAAUUGGAUUAUUAAUUUAAGUGAAUACUUGUGAUCACCAUCUUGCCGCAAUGUGACCCAUCAUUGGUUAAAUGGUUUCUUUGGUCAACAUUUGGUAAUUUCUCACGUAAAUCCUUCGAGACAAAUUCAGAGAAAGAAUUGUGCGAUUAAAUUAUCAUUCAUCUAGUUUAUAGAGCAUCAAGUAGCUAGUCAUGUUUUCACCAUUACAAUCAUCAUUUCUAUCCAAUGUUACGUGUUAUUUAAUCAUUCAUGGUCAAAAUGAGUUCGACCAUUUUCUAUUUUCUUUCCAUUCAACUUUCUACUGUUGACAAUACAUGAGAUGAUUAAUUUAACUGUGAAACGUUAAAAUUUGUGCGACCAAAAUAUGCUUUGUUUGAUGUUAACCAAUUCUCAAAGUGAUAAUUUGCCUUAUUCUGGUCACUCACUGUUAUAUUUGUUGACAAGCGAGACUCUAUUAGAAACGAGAUUCACAUUUCUAACAAAGCUGAAACAUUUGUUGAACAAGAUUUCAUCGGUGAUGAAGUCUAGUUUACAUCAAAGAUUAAAGUUUGAUCUGAUUUACCUGGUUCUUUUUGCUAACCGGCAAUUGUAUUGUAUUGAUUACAAUAAUUUUCAUGAUAAUCAUCAUAGCCAUUUCACAAUCAUCGUCACAUUUCAUCAAUUCAAUUUGAAUAUCAGUAGAUCAUUCAUUAUGAUUCCCUAUAUUUAUACCUUUCUUGGACUUCUCGUUGGUAAUUCACUUCUUUCCCAUGGACAUCCAUGUGGUACUGAAGCAGCUGAGGAUACAAUCGAUGCUUUUCUAGAAAAGCCGUUAUUUGGUGUUUUCAAAGUAUGGCAUCUAGUUAUGAUUGGAAUGUUGAUAGCCAUAAUUGCUACGAUUGUUGCCUGUUGUAUAAUGAGAUGCAGGAUACCUCGAACUAAACAAGAAAUUGAAGCAGACGCUAUUCGUAAAAAGGUUACUAAGCAAUUCAGAGCCCAUCUGAACAAAAUCCCUAUCGAAGGAAUGGAACUAAUUAAAGUGCUCAAUGAAGUUAAAGAAUAUGAAGAAGAUAGAAUCAAAAAAGGAACUAUCGAAGAAAAGAAAACUUUGAUGAAAAGGUUAAAAGCACUUUUCAAGUCUGAUUCUAUGGAAAGAUCGAUGUCCAGAGAUGAUGCGGAUGAAGGUUCGAUCAAUGAAAAACCCGGAUUAACAAAUCCCAAAUUGACCAACACCAUUGUUUCGAUUACAUCAGAUAAUGAUCCAAUAACGGUGUCCAGUCCAACUCCAUCAGUGACCAAAGAAAAGUAUUAGCAAACCAGAAAGCGAAAUGGACAUUGGAAAUUAAAUUUGUUGUUUAAAGCGUUACUCUAUGAAAAAAUGAAAUCAUUUGCAUGUUUAACAAUCAAGUUUAGUUGUGAUUCGUCAACAUGUUCAUCAAAGCCAAAAAUCUGCCAAUUCAUAAUGUCUAGGGCAUCUCGAGUCCAAUAAAUCGUCUCUUUUCAUACAAAUAUAAUAAAUUAUAAACAUUUACAACCAAA